AUGAUUCGGAAUCGAGCGUUCCAACCUCUGGGCGAAAAAGACUGUUGUCGACUUCCCCAGGCCUGGCAGGACCAAAUCGUAUCAAACUUCGAACGGCUAGAGGUGUCUCCAUUCCCCGAGCAAGGCCUGUACGACAAGGAUCCUCAGGUUUGGAGAGGCAAAUGCCUGCCCAAAUAUGCUGGCCUCCUUGUUCUGCUGGAAAUCACCGCCGUUCACCCUUCGACAAACGCUCGCAUUGCCGAGUUGCUGCUGCGAAAGCUCAAGCUCGCCCUUCGCCCGUCGUCCUCGCUCGCUUCCGAUGAAGUUCAUUUCAUCAUCGGCCAAGGAUUUCAAGCGUACCUUCGCAUGAGCAAGGCAUCGGGCUCGGUGGACACAUCCCUCAGCCCCCUGCUCCGCGCAGCCGUUCCGCGGUUUGCACGGUCGCCCGGUUUCCUCCAGGCCUAUGUAACUUAUGAACGCGAGCGUAUGGGCAGUGACGACCAGGUUCGAGCGCCCCCUGGACCUGGUAUCGACAGACCUUCGACCGAAGAGGACCCUGCUAUCAAGUCACUCGUCGAGAACCUAAGUUCACCUUCCCGCGACGUCCAGCUGGCUUCCCUGGAACUCUUGCGCGAACUGGAUACCGCCCAACAAUCUCGCGACUGCGUGGAGGCAAUGGCGGAGAUUGGAAAGACACCACUGAGUCUUGACCAGGCAAGGACCAUUGCCAUGCACCUGCGCAAGCUCGCCAUGCAGUACGCUUCGGUACACCAUGCUUCCUGGCUUGGAACAGGGAUACCGAGGUUUAUAUUCGGCAUGUUGAACGUCAAGCUAUCCCCUGCCUGGGACAGUGCCGUCGAAGCCCUCCAGAUUGUCGCCCAAACCAAGCCCGGCGAGGAGGCGGUCUCGGCCAUCACGUUCCAAUGGCUAGAGAAUCCCUCUAUUCGCUGGACGCCGCCAAGUGCCGACGCAAAUGGCUGGCAGCGCCCCGUCCGUACCGACUUUGAGUGUACUGCACUCGCCGAGCUCGAGAAAUUGGCCAGUACCAUGCUGGAUCGGGUGGCAAAGGCCGACGACAUGCUGCUCAGAGAUUUCGACGAGACGCAGUGCCUCGUUGAGGCAAUCGCCUCGACCGCCAGAAGCCGAGCCCUAAAAGUCUUCAACGCGAUGCCGUCCAUUGCCGAAAAGCGUUCGCGCCAGCUCGUACCGCAUUUCCUCUCCUGGGCCGCCGAUGACGAGGACCGGGACAAUGAUGCGACUGAUGGUACGGGCCAGAGCGAGGGGUCGUCAUGGUCCCUGGUUGAUCGCAAGGGACUUUUGGGUGUCUUUUCCCAGUUCCUCAACCCUAGAGUGCUGUAUCAGCACGAGAAGGUCUACGAGACGCUUGUCCAGCUCAUGGAGAACGGUGAUGUCGAGGUGCAGAAACUUACUCUCAAAGCAAUACUGGCCUGGAAGCAGGUGGGCAUCCAGAUGUACCAGGAAAACCUCGAGUACCUCCUUGACGAGGCUCGAUUCAAAAACGAGCUGGCUGUUUUCUUGCAGGGGAACAACGUCAUCAAGCCUGAACAUCGCGAGGAACUGAUGCCUGUUUUGCUGCGGCUUCUUUACGGCCGCACCAUCUCGAAGAAGGGCGUCGCAAGUGGCAAAAACGGACUCCACGCGACGCGUCUAGCUGUUUUGCGGAACUUGUCAAUCGAUGACAUGGGCGGUUUCCUCGACAUUGCUGCGGGAAAAUUGAAGGACGUUCGAAUUGCGGUGCCGCCAAGUCAAAGACAAAAGAUUUUCGGCGAUGCCAUCAUUUCCGCUCGGAGGCAGAUGGGUUUCCUAAAUAUGAUCUCAUCUCUCAUAUCCGAACUAGGAACCAACGUCGACCACUACAUGGACACCCUGCUCAACGCUGUUCUGUACUGCCUUGUCUAUUCAUGCAGGCAUCUUGGCGCCGACGCCGCCGGCGAACCAGAGACUGACGCGGAAGAAAACACGGCCAAGGUUGGCCUUCAGUCGUUCCUCAAAGCGACAAGGUCUAUAGGUAUCAAAUGCUUGACGGCUCUUUUUCAAAACGCUCAGGUUUUCCAAUGGGCACCUUACCAUGACCUGAUCAUUGAGGAGGUUGUUGCUCCGAGGCUCGAAAACAUGCCUGUCGAGACCACCCAAGGGGUGUCAGGCAUGUUGCACCUGAUAUCAACCUGGUCAGCUCUUCCGAAGGUGGCCAUGUUCCUCGCGCCGCAUGGAACGAGCGUCCCUGAAGGAAUUCUUCCCAAGGUCAUCGCCUGUCUGGCCAUGGAGAAGACGAAGGAUGACGUCAAGGUCUUCAUCCUCAGCAUGCUCCAGAACCUAGUCAAAAUCGCCCUGGCACCGGCCAUUGAGUCCGAAUUCAACGAGGUCAUCAAGGCCGAGCUUCUCGAUCCAAACGCUAAAGCGAUGCUGGCAAACGUCACCGCCAUUCUGAAGACGCCAAGCAUCAGCAUGGAUCUUCUCGAGGCCUGCGUGGAGACGAUCUUAUCCUUUGCACCCAUCCUUCAGGACCUUGAAAACUCACAAUCCGUCAUUCGAAUUUCCAGCUUCUUGCUUCAGCAACCGCCACGCCGGGUGAGCCCAAAGACGAAGGGAAGAAUUCUCUUGAUCGUCGAGAGCUUUGUUGGGUUGCCGGACGCUGCCGAGGACACCGGUCUACUGGGCGAGGUCUACGACACGCUGGCAUCGCUUUUCAGCUAUUUCAAGGACAAAGAGAACAGGCUGUCCCUGUCGCGCGCGCUGAUAGCGAUUUCUCAGCAGGACGCCGAGGUGGCCGAGGUUGCUAGCCUCUGCCAGGAGCUGAACUGCUUCAAGACGGGCCGACUGGACGAACCGGACUACGACAGGCGUCUCGCAGCCUUCAACGCGAUAUCGGCGGACCGGGACGUCCCCUGGACACCGAAACAGUGGAUGCCACUCCUGCACAACUUGCUGUUCUUCAUCAAGGCGGACGAAGAGUUUGGAGUUCUUUCCUCGAACUCUGCUGAUGGCAUGCGCCGCUUCGUCAAGAAUGCUGCAGACUGUCCAUCUGCCCAUCUCAAAGGGGAGUUCGAGAAACAAAUGAAGACUAUCCUCCUGCCUUCCAUCUACUCUGGUGCACGCGAGCAGUCCGAGACGGUGCGGCGAGAAAACCUGCGAGUGUUUGGAUUCCUCUUGACUGUGAUGCCAACCUGGGCCCCAGUCGCUGACAUGGGUGGCCUCCUGGACGAGCUCCAGGACGACUCGUCAGAGCCAACCUUUUUCUUCAACAUCCUGAGCCCUGCCACAUCCAGACAACUCGAGGCGCUUCGAACAUUGGAUGCGGCAAACUCUUCGAGGGAGAUGAGCAGUCAAAACGUGGGCCAGUUCUUCAUUCCCCUGUUGGAGCACUUCAUAUUCGGCCGAGAGGACGGAGCCGACGACCACGGCGUGGGCGCUGAAGCGAUCAAUGUCAUCGGCAGCCUGGCAUUGUCGCUGCACUGGAAUCAUUGGCGGACAACCUUUCAUCGAUACAGCAGCUAUAUUGAGUCGCGUCCGGAAAUGCAAAAACAGACCUUGCGACUCCUGGGGAAGUUCUCGGAUGCCUUGGUGCUGUCUUCGGAAGCACAAGUGCCCGCCGUCAACGACGUAGACCAGCCUGAUACUUUGUCGACCUCGGCGAAGAGACUGUGUCAGACGUGCCCAGGCAUAGCACAGUUGUCCACCGACAUCCUGGACUACUUCUUACCGCCUCUGAUCAAGCACCUCCAUCAAAAGGACGAAUCCGAAGUCAGCUACCGCGUGCCGGUAGGCGUGGUCAUCGUCAAACUGCUGAAACUCGUACCUUCGCAGCAGGCGGAGCAGAGACUUGCGGGCGUUCUGACAGACAUCUGCCACAUUCUGCGCAGCAAGUCCCUGGAGGCAAGAGAUAUGGCCCGAGACACGCUCGUCAAGAUUGCCGUCAUUCUGGGGUCGUCCUUCUUUGGGUUCAUUCUGAAAGAGUUGCGAGGCGCACUGACGCGAGGUUACCAACUCCACGUCCUCUCGUACACGAUGCAUUCUAUUCUCUUGGCGACGGUCCCAACAUUCUCGCCGGGCGACCUGGAUCACUGCCUGGGCCCUAUCGUCACCGUCGUCAUGGAUGACAUCUUUGGCGUUAUCGGGCAGGAGAAAGAUGCCGAAGGAUACACAAACCAGAUGAAGGAAAUCAAGAGCAGCAAGAGCCAGGAUUCGAUGGAGCUGGUGGCCAAGACUGCUUCCGUGAGCCACCUGAUUCAUCUCGUCAAGCCCAUACAAGCUCUCCUCAUGCAACGGAUCGACUUGAAGAUGGCGCGCAAGAUUGAUACGUUGAUGGCCCGAAUCGGCUCCGGUCUGUUGCAAAACCCAGCCGCCGAGAGUCGAGACACGUUGGUGUUUUGCUACGAAGUUAUUCAAGCAGCGUAUCAAGCGCAACAGCCGCAAGAGGAACCGAAGAUAGAUCCAAGGGUCAAGAAGUACCUGGUGCAGAAGGGAGCAAAGAAGAGUGGCGAGCGCGGCAGGGCGGCGAAGCACACAUACAAGCUCGCCCGGUUUGCCGUCGACAUUCUGCGAUCCAUGUUCAAAAAGUAUGACAGCUUACGAACUCCGACCAACCUCGCAGGCUUCAUUCCAAUUCUAGGCGAUGCCAUUAUUGAUGGCGAGGAUGAGGUCAAGGUAGCCGCCUUCCGACUUUUGGCCGUCAUUGUCAAAGUCCCGCUCGGUACGGAGGAUGGAAACAACGUGUAUAAAGUGGCGGUCAAGGAAGCGACGAAGUGCAUAUCGAUGUCGACAUCCACCACCACCGAACUCUCCCAGGCCGCUUUGAAGAUGCUGGCGGUGGUCCUUCGGGACCGCCGAGAGACCCCGAUCAAGGACCCGGCGAUUGACAUGCUUCUCGGCAAGCUCAAAGACGACUUUACCGAGCCACUGUAUCGGCAUGUUACCUUCAACUUCCUGCGGUCUGUCUUGGAUCGUCGUGUUGAAACUGCCGUUGUCUACGACACGGUAGACCAUGUCGGCACGGUCAUGAUCAGCAACGAUGAUAAGGACACACGAGACCUGGCUCGUGGCGCGUUCUUCCAGUUCAUCCGGGAGUACCCGCAGAAAAAGGCACGCUGGAGCAAGCAACUCGACUUUGUAGUGGCCAACCUCAAGUACAAGCGAGAAGGCGGUCGCUUGUCGGUCAUGGAAGUUAUCCACCUGCUGCUCAUGAAGUCGUCGGAUGAGUUCGUUCAAGAGGUCGCGGGAACAUGCUUCCUGCCGCUCUUCUUCGUCCUUGCCAACGACGAGAGCGAAAAGUGCAGGCUGUCCGCCGGAGAGUUGCUGAAGGAGAUCUUCCGCAAGUCGGACAAGGAACGAACCCAGAAAUACCUGACCCUUUUGCGCUCGUGGGUAGCAAGCGACAGCAACCUCAUGGUUCUCCGACUGGCCUUGCAAGUUUUCGGCUACUACUUCGAGUCCAACGAAAAUGCGCAGAACAACGCGAAGGACUGCAAGCUUGUGCUUGACAAGGCGGCAGGGAUUCUCGGCGCGGAUGAUGUUGGCGGCAUGGAUGAGCAGCUAGUCGAAACGACGCUUGGUGUCGUCCGGCUCUUCACAACGACGAUGCGCCCGCAGACGUUGUCGGCGGACAAGGAGGAGUUGUGGGCAGAUGUUGCAGGCUGCCUGCGGCACCCCAAGGCCUCUGUCAAGCUGGCUACGGUGAAACUGAUCAACUCGUACCUCGUUGACUUUGCGACGCAAAAAGGUAGCAGGUCAAGAGGCGAGACCAUCGAGGGCUCGCACGGCCUCCGGCUGACGCUGGAUGACGUGUACAAGCUGAGCCGCGUUUCACUGGGCACGCUGAACGGUGACGAGGUGGACGAGGCACUCGCUUCCGAGCUCGUGCACGUUCUCGUCUUUCUAGGCUCAUUCCUCCCAGCGACAUCUACCGUGGUGGACGAAUCAGGGGAGGAGAACGAAGAGGAAGGUGACGGGGACCAAGACAAGGAGGAUGACGAGAGCAAGAAGAACCUGGAUUUCCUCUUCUGGAGAAUAUCCCACAUCCUGCGAAAGGAAAUCCGACCGAGAGGCGAGGCCAUGCACGCCAAGGUGGCGGCGAUGGAAAUUUUGGAAACGGUAUACCGGAGAGGGUCGGACGAGCAGACUCGACCAUCUCUCAAGACGAUCCUGGCGCCGCUCCAUCACUUGACGGACCCAUCGAUCCCGGUACCGUUUAGCAACGACGAGGUGUUCAAGACGAAGCUCGAGGGGGUCAAGACGAGAGCGCAGAUCCUCAUGGACUCGCUGCAGAAGCGGGUGGGCACGGGCGAGUACAGCAAGGCACUGAUGGAGAUUCGCGACGAGGUCAAGGCCAGGCGGCAAGCGAGGUCGACGAAGAGAAAGAUUGAGGCGAUCGCGCAGCCGGAGAAGCACGGGAGGGACAAGCGGAAGAAGUUUGAGAAGAACAAGGAGAGGAGAAAGGUUCGAGGCAGGGAGCAAAAGGUGGCGAGGCAGUCGUACCAAGGGUAUUAA